AUGUCGCAGAUACAAAAGAUUGUUGCUCUAUCCACUACAGAGGCUGAGUAUGUAGCAGUGGCAGAAGCCAUGGGCUCUUCACGUGGCUGGGUGAUCUGGUUUGAUACCCUCAGCCAGAAACUAUUCCUUUCCAAUCCCCUCAAGCAUCGUCACCUCGAUCUGCCGCUUGCCCUACAGCCUGAUCAUCAUAAUAUUCCCACCAAUUCGGAUGAUACAAGAGGCGGCAUAACCAGCAUCAUGAUCUCCAGCCCCGACCCAGACACCGAUCCAGAGUGUCGUGCCGUGAUUAUUUACGGCCCGCAGAGUAAAUUGGCCUUUUGUUUCCCCGGGACCGCAGAUGAGUGGACCCCACUCGGCCAGGGAACCGGCUUGGGAUCUCGGGACCCGCUCUCUCCAAGGAUGAUCCCGAUGGCUGUUUCAGUAGAUAAGGACAAUUACCCCGUGGCCUCCGACUCCGACUCGGAGGAUUCGGAACGUAAACGACUCUGCAAGAUCUACUUGUUCCUUGUAGUGGCGGAGCAGUCGGACGAGCUUUUCCACGUGAGGCGGUUCGUGGAGCAUACGAAGGACGACGACCCUACAGCUCCAUACACGACGGUCGGUUUUGACAUUCACAAAUACGAGCCGGAGACUGGAUCGCUCGAGUACAUGGACCGUUGCCCGCAGGGGCUGGCAUUGUUCGUGGGCUGCAGCAACGGGUUUGCCCUCCCGACUGAAGACUACCCGGAUGACCUGGAACGGUGCUUCGUGUACUACACGGCCCCACCACAGUGGAUCGGAGGAGGCUACGACGUUGGCUUCUUCCACUGCUCGAGCAAGACUCUCCAUCCAUGCUUCUAUCCAUAUGAUGUCCAGAUUUUGGAGAGGGUGACCAACCCGCCCAUAUGGUUUAGUCCGACUCCGCUGGUUCGACUCCCGUUUCUUAUUAGGAAGGAAGGGGGCUGCCUCGGCUACAACAUUGACCCGUCGUCUCCUUUGGGGCAGCCGCCCACCCGAGAUGAGAGGGAGAAGGCGAGAAAAAGGAAGGAAGCAUCGCGGGAUACCUAUAAAUGCGUUUACUGUGGCUUCAAGUGUGACAGCAAAACCCACAACGGGUAUCAUAGUUUAAGUUACCACGCGUGUACUUGGCUUUGA